AUGCACACGAACGAGCGCACGAAACAAACAAGCGAGGUAGAGCGUGCAAACACAAGCAGCUCUCGAAUCUUGGCUCACCCAGACUCGCCGUCGCCUCUUCGACACCUUCAACCCGCAUCGACCGCCGGACACGCCGUCGUCCCACGACAUUGCAAUCUUGCAACACACACUCGUCGAUACGAUCACCAUCAUCACACCUUGACCAAAAGCACUGCUGCCACAUUCGCCACUGUCGACUCGGCAUUCAUCCGACAGCGUUCACUCUGCCGCAAUCACCAGCUCGAUUCGGUCGUUCGUCACAUUCAUUGUCGUGUCUUUCCGAUUGCAUACCCCUGUCCUCUCCAGAAUCUCUUCGAAGCUCUUCGGAAGAGGUCCGAGUCACAUUGCAUAUCGUCCGACCCGGGCACCAGUCUUGACGCCCAGAGCAGCAGCAACGGCAGCAGUAGUAGUAUCACGUCAGGAUCGCAUCGCUGCCGACACGGGUGGACAGUACCACAGCGCACAAACACGUCGUACGCGCGUAUCUGCGAUUCUGUCAGACUGAUGCCAUCAGCCACCACCGCAACUCGCUCUGCCUGCCAACGUCUGUGA